AUGGUCGUGGAACCUACGCCGACAGAGAUGGAAGUCGGAAAAUCUCCGACCACUGAGCCGUUAGUAGAGAGUUACAAGGCAGACAUAAAUGCGGAGGUUGUUAAUUCCAAGGUUAAGGCGACGCUUCAAAUCCCUACGAGUCCUUCCAAGCCGCCAGAAAAUUGUUGUGUCAAUCUCAAUCCCAUACACCUAGUGGACUCCACCACCCUUCCCAAGCCUAUCGGUUUCCCUGAUAUUGGUCCAACUGAGGAUUUGGUCCCGUUGGGAUGUUUUGGCCCAUUCCCCAAUAAUACACCUCUUUUCUCAUUCACUUCCCUACAUUACCAAAACGGUGAAAUUGUAGCAGACUUGGAAUUUAACUGCGAAGGGAAAAAAAGAGAAAUAGGGAUAAGACGGGGUUCAGGUCAUCCCAACUCACAGUUACGAACCUGGCACCCUCGUCUCAGACGAUCCAACCAAGAUGAGAUUGGAGCUGCAAUUGGAUUUCAAGUUGACGCUGAGAAUGCAAUUCUUGCAGAAACGUUGGCAGAUAGCGGUGAGAAGAGAUGUGAUCACUAA